AUGGAUCACGUUGAUCGAAUUACCUCUAGAUUGCAAGCCCUAGAUUCCUGGUUUGAAGCCAGACUCUCUCAGUACGAGUUUGGCCAGGUAUUGGUUCACAAUUCUGUGUCGAAGUACAUCACAGCCGUUUUGUUUUUCCUAGUUAUUGCCAUAGUCUCUUAUGAAACCUUCUACUGGUCAGGAAUAUAUCUUGGACUUUGGGAAUACCACGCACAGGAGAUAUUCAAAGAAGUUCCCAUUCAUUGUGCACAUGUUUAUGUCAGGGUCAACUUCACCAAGAGUGAGAACGAGGACAAAGUCAGAGAGCUCUAUCAGAUCAAAAAGAAAAAUAGGUACAAUGUCAUGGAAUGGACCGUACCAAAGAGCACCGAGAGGGAAAUGUUUCUCUUGAAAGACUUUGUCAAGUAUCAUUUUGAAUUCAGUCCAGAGGACUUCGAAGAAAACCCGGAUCCGGAGUUUGGAUCCACAAUUGAGCAUCUCAGAAAACGAGUUUUGACGACGGUGACCACUUCGCCUGUUUAUGAAAAGUAUUUGAAGGAUCUGACUGUUACUCACAACGACGUAGUGGUCUUCAAUAACAAGUAUGAUGAGGUCAAAAAGGAGUUAGACAAAGCAUACUUGAGCAAAAUCCAUAUCGAGACAGGAAACGUCAUUGACUGUGUCGUCUUAAUAUAG